UGGCGUAGUAUAAAUCCUGCGCGAACUCUCGUGCGGCCUUCUUCUUCCUGAAUACACAUCACCAAAUGGCGGACGACGCCGGUGGUAGAGGAGGUUUUCGCGGAGGUUUCGGCACUGGCGGCCGGGGUCGCGGUCGUGGCCGCGGCAGGGGCCGUGGAAGAGGCCGCGGUGCCCGGGGAGGAAAAUCCGAAGAUAAGGAGUGGGUGCCUGUGACCAAACUUGGUCGUCUGGUGAAGGACAUGAAGAUCAAGUCCCUGGAGGAGAUCUAUCUGUAUUCUCUGCCAAUCAAGGAGUCUGAGAUCAUUGACUUCUUCUUGGGAUCGGCGCUGAAGGAUGAAGUCCUGAAGAUCAUGCCUGUCCAGAAACAGACCAGGGCCGGUCAGCGCACCAGGUUUAAGGCCUUUGUUGCUAUCGGUGACUACAAUGGCCAUGUUGGUCUGGGGGUGAAGUGCUCUAAAGAAGUGGCCACCGCUAUCCGAGGAGCCAUCAUCCUGGCCAAGCUGUCCAUCAUUCCCGUCAGAAGAGGAUACUGGGGUAACAAGAUCGGAAAGCCACACACCGUGCCAUGCAAGGUGACCGGUCGCUGUGGUUCAGUCCUGGUGCGUCUCAUUCCUGCUCCCCGUGGUACUGGUAUCGUGUCUGCUCCUGUGCCCAAGAAGCUGCUGAUGAUGGCUGGUAUUGACGACUGCUACACCUCUGCCAGGGGCUGCACCGCUACUCUGGGCAACUUUGCCAAGGCCACCUUUGACGCGAUCUCAAAGACCUACAGCUACCUGACCCCUGAUCUCUGGAAGGAAACAGUGUUCACCAAGUCUCCUUACCAGGAAUUCACUGAUCAUCUGGCCAAGACUCACACCAGGGUCUCCGUUCAGAGGACUCAGGGAGCUCUUCCUCAGGGAACCUCCUAAAUUUUGUACAACGGAUUGAAAUAAAAGUCCAGAAGUAAAACCA